AUGCGCAGCGGUAGCGAAGAUAACAAACGCCCAUCGCCGCUGUCUUCUGCCUCUGUGCCUGAUCGCCAGCUUGCUGAGCCCGAUAGUGAUGACCAGAGCAUUGACAAUGACCCUGAUCCCGAUUCGGCCGCGCAGACGGCCAAGCGCAAGAGGCCCAUCUCUGUCUCAUGUGAAUUGUGCAAGCAGCGCAAGGUGAAAUGUGACCGUGGCCAGCCUUCGUGUGGUUGGUGUAAGCGCCAUGGACAAAAAUGCGAGUACAAGGAGCGAAAGCCUCCCGGGCUGCGGGCGGGUUUCGGGAGAUUCCUCGAGAAUCGGAGCCGAGAAAUGGAGCUGAGGCUUGACAAGAUGGAGGAGAUCCUGCGGCAGCACUCUGAACUGCUGCAGACUUCACCGCUGCCCUCUCUGCGUCCAGACAACGCCGAGUCCGCCGGGCAAACUGGGCGACAAAAUCUCGCGAGCGACCAUGACACUCAGAGCGAGAAUAGCCAUACCUUGGGCUCAGCAAAGCUGUAUCAAGCUUCGCACCUAAACAACAACGUGCUCUAUAACUCUCAACCGACCAACGGCCCUUCUGCGUCCACCUCUGCUGAGCAGGGUCCCAACGAGUUCCAUGGUCGAGCGCCUUCAGCCGGCAACAUUUCAACACAGCCAAAUAUCGGCCUGCCGGCAGCCACGCCUACAUCAGGCGCUGCUCUCCCCUCGUCCGACGCCGACGAUCUCCCGCCGUACAAUCUCGUAUACAACCUCGUGGAUUUGUAUUUCAAGCACAUCAACACUUGGUGUCCCAUCCUGCACCGAAGAACCACCCUAGAUAGCUUAUUUGGCAUCUCCGAUCUCCAAGAGUCAGACAGGGUUCUGCUUCAUGCGAUAGUCGCUACUACAAUGCGAUUCUCAAGUGAUCCUAGGCUUACUGAAGAGCGGCGACAGCAUUACCAUCGCAUAUCGAAACAGAAAGUCUUACUCUACGGCAUGGAAAACUCGUCCGUUAAGUCACUUUUAGCGUUGCUCAUCUUGGCUCUUGACAUAUGUGGCAGCAGCAAUGGCCCCCCUGGUUGGAACAUAAUGGCUCUCAUCACUAGGUCGGUAGUGCAGCUGGGAUUAUCCGUCGAGACUAAUUCCUUCAGCGUGGCUCCCCACUAUUCGUCGAUAUACACUCUAAGAGCCAUGAUUCUCCCUGAGCCGAAAGACUUCAUAGAAGAGGAGUCACGUAGAAGGCUAUUUUGGAUGAUCUAUUUACUCGAUCGAUAUGCAACAAUUGCUACUGCCUUUGAAUUCGCAUUAGCCGAUACGGAGAUUGACCGAAUGCUCCCCUGCCGGGAUGACUUGUGGAUGGAGAAUCAAAAAGUAGAAACGCGAUGGUUCGCCACGGGUACUCAAAGUUACGAUGAGACGCAUCAACAUCCGGUCGGGAGGCCUGAGAAUCUGGGAGCUUUCGCAUACUACAUCGAGAUCUUGGGAAUACUGUCAAAAAUUCACAAGUUUCUAAAACAGCCAGUUGACAUCGGUCGUCUAACUGAUGUAGAAAAGUGGCAGCUCCGUUACAAGGAGCUUGACAAGGAGCUGACGUCUUGGAACUUUGCCCUACCUGGCGAGUUUGGAAACAUGAACAAAGUUUUCCAGCCAGGCAGCAGAAAUCUAAACUGCAACUGGGUUAUGCUUCAUGCGACGUACCACACAGCGGUCAUUCGACUACACUCAUCGGCUGCCUAUCCAACAACUAGAUCGGCAAUCUUCACGCCGUCGUUUAGUGCGGCGCAGAGAUGUCACGGUGCUGUGGAAAACAUAUCUGCUUUGGGAGAUUUUGUCGUAAACAACGGCUUCCUCCCUAAGCUGGGCCCACCAUUUGCCUUCACCAUAUGGGUUGCUGCGCGAGUGCUUUUGGUUCAUGGCUCUACUGUUGAACAUAAACUCUCGCCCCAAAUCUCAUUCUUUGUUGAUAUACUCCGCGAAAUGGGGCGGUAUUGGCCUGUAGCUGCUGGAUACUCUAGGUUACUGCAACGAGUACUGGACGAGCAUCGAGACAGUGAAAGACAGGGCGGCGGAGUCACGCCGAGCUCAGUCAAGAUCUUGGCCGACAUGCGCAGGACGGCGUUUGAUUUGGACUUUUUGAUAUCACGACAACCCCGGCAUGGUGCACAGGGUCUGGGUCACUUGGGAAGCGCAACACCCUCAAGAACGCCGGCACCGAAUGAAUUGGAGUAUUUGGACGUCUUCAACUUCUUCAAUGUCCCACGAAUUCCAUUUAGCGGCGAUAACGGUUCUGGUGCCACUGAAGGCUUGAUACCAAACCCUGACAUGACUUCGGCAAACACAAGCCUAGACCACCCGCAGUACCAGCCGAAUGAGUUCAACAUCACCAAUUUUAUGAUUGAUGCAAGUAGCGACUGGCUCUUCAAAACGGAUGGGUCGAGUUUUUAG